UUCAUGACGUAGUGCAAAAGGACAAUUUUGGGGCAAUUUUGUCCGACUUUACAGCUCUGGGGGGAUUCCGGGAGACACCUGGAGGAUUCCUGAUGGUGUGAACUGUUGCAGAAAGGGCACCGUCAUUAAAUAUUAAGGCAGAGGAGAUCCUAACAUUGCAGCCCUCCUUAUCAAUGCAAAUACCUCUCUUUUGUGUGCAGUCACAGCGCCUGUCUGGGAGCUGAGAUGAAUUUCUAAUUAUGUGUGACUGAAACAAACUGUGUCAGGGAGCGUUUUAAGAGCGGCGGAUUACGGGAAAUAAGCUGCAUUUCCGCGAAUGCCUGCAAGACAUUGUCUAAGUUGGUGCAGCAAGCCAUGAACUCCCAGGAUCUUCCUGCCCAAGAUGCCCCGCUCACUGUCAAUGAGCAGGUUAUUGUCAUGUCCGGUCAGGAGACAAUUCGUGUACUAGAAGUCGAGGUUGAUGCGUCUCUGCCGUCUUCGGUACCCGAUGGGAAGAAUGAGGGCAAAACUGCUGAGGAGGAAAUGGCUCAGUGUUCAGAGAAAGCUGAAGCUGCCAGCACCCAGAACAGCCCCACAGCGCCCCACAGCACUGGGGAAGCAGCGGUCGGUGAGCAGCAGGGGGCGUCUCUUGAUGGGUCGGCUGCAGCAGUUCAGAUGGUGAAUCCUGCAGCUCCGCUCAGCGUUUCCAUAGCCCAACACCAGGCCGCCAUGCCCAUCACAAUACAAGGUUGUCCACAGGUUCUGACCCAGGAAAGCCUGGCCACUUUGAUGACUGGUAUGAUGGCUCAGACGGGUUCACUGGGUCAACCUCUGCUCAUCCCCCUCAACAUGGCCGGUUCCAUCGCAGGCCAGGGCGGCUUGGCGGUUCUCACUCUGCCAACCACCAACGUAGCCACUCUCCCUGGCCUCGCAGCCGCAAACCACGCUGGGAACCUCCUCAAGCUGCCCUUUGCUGGCCUACAGGCUGCAACAGUUCUGAACUCAAUCCAGCCCCAGUUGCAGGCAAAUACACAGGCAAUGUUCCAGCCUCAAGCAGCACCUGUACAGCCAGUUCAGACGUCUGUGCAGCAGGUGCCUCCUCAGCAAACUCAAGUCACCAAUGCACAGGUCACUAACGCCCAGGCGAUGGCUGCCCAGGUGACCUCUGUGGCCAACACCAUCUCCCAGCCCAACAUUUCCGUGGCGGCACUUCAGACAGCAGGACUGUCCAUCAACCCGGCCAUUAUAAGUGCUGCUUCUUUGGGUGCACAGCCUCAGUUCCUCAGUUCUCUCACAUCAGCCCCCAUCAUCAACAGCGCCAUGCCCAGUAUGGCUGGCAUCACCAGCCAGAUCAUCACAAACGCCCAGGGCCAGGUGAUAGGAACCCUCCCGCUGCUGUUGAACCCGGCGUCUCUGGCUGCAGGGGCCACUGCUCCCUCUCUGCCCCUGCAGGGUCUGCAGGUCCAGACCAUCGCCCCACAGCUGCUCCUCAACACCCAGGGCCAAAUUAUUGCAACUGUGGGAAACGGGCCUGCUGCCGUUGCAACUUCUGCUGCAGUUCUGCCCAAAACUACAGCUCCUCCUACAGUUAGCAAACCAAACGCUCAGCCGUCUGUACUGAAGACCUCGACCGCGCUCACCUCAGCAGCUCCCAUCGCCUGUGGGGACAUGGCCAAAGUGGGGCAACUUGUCAGCAAGCCUCAGCAGGCAGCCAGCAGCGAGGAAGGGAUUAAUUUGGAGGAAAUCCGAGAGUUUGCCAAGAACUUCAAGAUCCGUCGGCUGUCGCUGGGCCUCACGCAGACACAAGUAGGGCAGGCCCUCACUGCGACGGAGGGUCCGGCGUACAGCCAGUCUGCCAUUUGCAGGUUUGAAAAGCUCGACAUCACCCCCAAGAGCGCUCAGAAGCUGAAACCGGUUUUAGAGAAGUGGCUGGCUGAGGCCGAGCACUGGAACCAGAAAGGCCAGCAGAACCUCAUGGAGUUUGUCGGCGGCGAACCGUCCAAAAAGCGCAAACGGCGCACCAGUUUCACGCCGCAGGCGAUCGAGGUCCUUAACUCCUACUUUGAGAAGAACGCUCUGCCCACAGGCCAGGAGAUUACGGAGAUCGCAAGAGAACUGAAUUAUGACAGAGAGGUGGUCCGGGUCUGGUUCUGCAACAGACGACAGACACUGAAGAACACGAGCAAGAUCAACGUCUUCCAGGUUUAGGAACAACCUCAUUCUCAUCCUCAUUAGGGUGGGUAGAAAGUUGAGGUUUUUUGGGGGGGGGUUUCUAAAUAAAAAUCAAGAAAAUUGUAAA